AUGAGUUUGCUGUUUGCCAUCGGUUUCGCUUUAGUCAAAACCUUCAACGGAGUACGCAACGCUGAUCAUUUUCGACUGCAACCUAGUGGGUCUUGCUUUGAAUGCACUGAACGACGAUGGCUGGGUCUGGCGAACAAGUGUCAGGUUACAGACGCAAAAAAAACUUUUGAGUCCGAAUUUGCAAUCAACAUACUAUUAUUUCCACUCAAAGGGCAAAUGACUAGUAUAGCACGCAAGCUUCACGAUAGUCUUUCGUCAGUAAAAGUAAGAAGCGGUGACAUCCGUUACGCAUGUUUAUACUUUGGAAGCGAAACCACAGGCGUAUGCUCACUUGGCUAA